GACAACCUCCAUUCUUUUCUUGUCACACGGUCCAAAACCCUGCGAUUGAAUCCUCUCCAACCUCGUCGCCUUCUCUUCCUCCGUCUCCGACUUCGCCGGCGUCUCUCAUUCUACGCUCUUUUCCCGUGAAAGAUUCUUCUAAAUGGCCAGUGGAAGAGGCAUUUUUCAACUUCUUAGUAGGAGGUCCUUAUGCCAAUCAUCAGUUUCGUCUAAUUUGAGAGAGAAGUUCUCUGCUGCCCAAGAAGAGGUUUCUGCACAUUUCAAAGGAAGGUUCUCAGCUGCGAAAGGAGUGAAUGAAGAGACUUUUGGACCCAGAAAAGCUGAAUUUUCAAGGUCUUCCACAACUAAAACAGAUGCCAAAGAUGGAAGUAAUGCUACGCCUGGCGCCGAGAGUUCACAAAGUUACCAAUCUAAUGAUUCUAAGGAAUCAUCUGCAGAAGUGGAGUCAUUCUUUGACAGAAUUAAGUCAACUCUUUCUUCUACUCCUAAGGUUUCUGUUACAUUGCGGAAACUAGAGGAAAGAGUAUCUGGAUUGGCCACAAAAGGCUAUGAUAUAUUAAAAGAUGAACUAAGCUCAAGCUCAUCCAAACAAAGACGAAUGCAGAAUAAUGUCCAUUCUACUUCUGAACCUCGAAGUACAAGAACAGAUAUUGUUGUUUUGCCGUCUAAAAAGUCACGGUUGGGGGAGAAGUGGGAAGCAUUCAAGAAUAAGAUGCAUGGACAUCCUCUAUAUAAGCGUGUGUCUGGAUACAGCAAACCUGUUGUAACAAUGAGUCAGGAGAUAGCGGAGGACGUGAGAGAAAGGUGGGAGACUAGUGAUCAUCCUGUUGUUCACAAGAUUCAAGAUUUGAAUGAAUCUGUUUUUGGAGAAACUGCAACUGCUCAAUCAUUUAAGGAAAUCAGACGUCGGGACCCAUCUUUUUCGCUUCCAGAAUUUGUGGCUGAAGUUCAGGAAAUGAUCAGGCCUGUUCUUACUGCAUACCUGAAGGGUGAUGAGGAGGUGUUGAAAAAAUACUGUAGCAAUGAAGUGAUAGAAAGAUGCAAAGCAGAGCGUACUGCCUAUCAAACUCAGGGCAUGUUUUUUGAAAAUAAGAUUCUUCAUAUUUCUGAGGCUGAUGUUAGAGAAACGAAAUUGAUGGGAUCUACCCCAGUUAUUAUUGUUGCUUUUCAAACACAGCAGAUCUAUUGUGUACGUGAUAGAGAAGGUGCGAUAACAGCUGGAGGAAAGGACACCAUACACACAAUAUACUAUGCAUGGGCUAUGCAACAAAUGGACUCUGAAGAACUCGGGGAAGGAGAUUUCUACCCAGGAUGGAGACUUCGAGAAAUGCAACAACUUGGUUUCCAAGCCCUCAUUUAAACAUGAUUGCAUCGGCAGACACAAAACUAACCGUCAGCAAAUCUUAAGAAAAUGUAUCAGUUAGUGUUCCUUAUUUGUUUUACUAUUGAUUUGUUUUCCAAACCAUCAUUGAACCAGCCUACCCACAAUCAAAAUUUUGUCAAAGCUGGCUGCUUCAUUUAGUAGGGGCCGAACCAUUUUUAUCUUUGAUCUCUUUAAAUCUUAUUUUCAGUGUACAUGUAUAAGUCUCAAAUUACCGAUGAAAUCUUGAGAGUUAUAUCGGUGAUUUAUACAAAGAUCGGCUACACGAUAUUAUAAAUAUUUUUACAGCUUUAUAUAACAAUUACUAUCUUUGUGAAUUAGUACUGAGACUGGCAGGUGGGCCAAGGACAACUCUUUAUUGAAAUCAAGCCACAUAGUGAGUAGAUGCCAUGGAUCUUUAUAAAUGAAGCCAGACAAACCUCAGAAAGGGCAGAUGAAAUGAACUCUCACAUCAGGCCAGGUGGUUGAAUUUUGACCAGAAAUGGGAUGUAACUGGAGCAUAAAUUAAUGGAGUUGAAGGUGAGCAUUAUUAUUUGGUGUCAUUUAUAUAUCAUUGAAUGCUGUCUCACUCUGGUUGCAAAGACUUUUUGUCUGAAUUUGGAGAUGAACUGUUGCAGAUGUGGGUCUUUUGCAAAUUAAAAUCUCUCUGUUCAACUUAGAUUUUAUUGGAUGGGUAGUUAUUUAAUUGUUCUACUGGCGUGCACAUUGAUUAAGGCAGAAUUUAAUGAGAAUUCAUUACAAAUAGUACACCAGUGUUUUUGAAAAAAACACACACACACACACA